AUUGUCAUACGCUGAUGAAGUCACAACAAGCAAGAUCAUUUGUAUCAAGUGUUUUAUUCUCUACUGAGAGAUAUGACGGUUUAACAGUAAAGUCGUUACAAAAUGAGCUCAAAAAGCGUAAAUUACCUGUUAGUGGGAACAAGCAGGCACUUAUACACAGACUUGGAGCGAAUGAUCAUCAGAUUUCUACCUCCACUACGCAAUUUAGUAAGCGUGUAGUCAGUGAAGAAGGAAAGGAUGUAAACGCACCUCCAGAGGUACCCCCAAGCACCGUGGAAGGAGAGACGACUGCACCUGGACAACCCCUCACUAGUGAAUCCAGUCUAACAAAAUCCAAAGUGGAAAAUCUCGGUGCCUUUACUUUCAUUAUCCCACAACCUGCCCGUAUAGUUGACACUAAAAAGGUUAAGAUUCCUGUUUUAGCGACGAAUUGGGCAGCAACCGCUGACACUAUAAGUGCACAAUCUAGCUCAGAUGUACCAAAAUUGAGUACUGCGUCAGGUAUCUCAAAUAUCAAUCACAAUCUAUAUGAUUUGGAAAACGAAUUGGGUGACACAGUUGACAUCAGCAAUUCCUAUUUAAGAAAGUACUUAGAAAAAUUCACUCCUAAAUUUGAGCCUGCGCCUAAAUUUGAAACUAUUACACGUCCACUUAGUGUUGACGAAAAGAACGGUUUAGUUAGAGCACUAGCUGUUGUAGCAGGUCUCUUUGCUCUUUCAUACGCCAACCAAUGAUGAAUUAUGUAAACUAGCAAACUAUCUAUCCAUUCGUUGAAUUUAUAUUCCAUAUUCUUUU